AUGGCGAACGAGAGCGCGAACGAGGAUCACUUGGACACCAGAGCUUGUCCUUCUGGCUUUUACCGAGCCUCUCACAUCGUGUUCAGCUGUCUUGGUGGCCACGGACGAGCUCGCUUCUACCACAUGCCAGGUCAGACUUUAGUGGUCAAUGUACCACAAGGCCUGCAGGAUCUCACGGUCCAUGUCGAGCUGAACGGGUCUGCUACCGGCGUGGAUGUUGACCUGGAGCUCUACGACCCGGGCCCGGAUACUUUCCUGGUGAGCCACCAAGAUGGAGUCGUGAACGACGAGAAGACCGAGGGCCAGUUUGGCAAUCUUGCCCUGGUAUACAGCGGGGCAGCAGUUGCAGCAGAGUGGCUGGAUGUCAAAGGCCGCUUUCCAUCGGACAUGCUGCUCAUGAUGCGCUGCAGGACUGGACCGCCUGGCUUCAGCGAGACAGUGCUCAGAUACAGCCACAGCGAUAUCAGCCCGUGCCCGGAGGCGCCUCCGGGCUGUGAGGCUUUCAACGAGUCGAAGACCGCAGUCGACGUUGCAGCUUGGCGCACGUGGGCACUGGACCGGUUCGGACUAGCAGAGAACUCCAGUGAUGCGGCUUGGAAGACUCUGGUGGCACCGACAGCCGACGCCAGAGGCGCGCUGCCCUGGAGCCGCUUCCAGAGCUUCUGGAACCACUGGCCGAAUGUGACGCCCUGGAGACCAGCUGCGCACCUCAUCGACACGGACGGCGACCAGCAGAUGAGUCGUGCGGAGUUCGACACGGCUUACGGCAUUGGCGGUCCUGAAGUCAUAGAACGACCCCCGGGCACACGGUUGGCGCACCAGCUGGAAAGCUGGAGCUUUUGGCUUAUCAUCGUGGCAGGGGUCGCGGCCGCCAUCGCAGUGAUGGUUAUCCUCUUCCGCCUGCACCUUUGCACGCGACGAGGAUCCGCGUACAGCCCAUUGCCGGGCGGUGAAUCCGAGGAGGAGGUCCAGGCAGUGUCCGAUAGCACCAGUGGAACUGGCAGCGACGGGGAGGUCGAAUCUGCUCGUGGCCCGGGUGACCCCGCUACAGUGGAGACUCAGACCGUGCUUCUGCAACAGGAUGUGAACAGAGCAGCGAAUGCGCUUAGCCCACCCAGCAAACCGCACAAGUGGAUCGAGGAACUUGAGCUGCUGCCCUUGCCGGCCGCGUUUGCGCCACAAGUGCAGUGGUCUUUCGAGCAGUCGCACGGUGAGCCCGCACGAGCCCAGCCGCGAAGCCUGCGGCAAGUUCUGGAUCAAGAUCUGAGAUGGCAAAGUAACCAGGCUCAGAGCUUUCAUCCUGCACAAACACCACAGUAUCCACCUGGAACUUUUGGCGCCAUGCUCUCCCAGACGAUCGCUCAUUCGCCCGGCUCUUCGCAAUCGCUGCAAGGGCCAGAGCUGCAGGACUUGGAGGACUACUACUUCAAAGCCGACAAGGAUGCCAAGAUUACCAAGGCGUUCCACUCGGCCAUGGAGAUGUCGGACAAGCUGCUUGCGCAGCCUGCAAUGUCUCGCCAACAGGACGUCAAGUCAAGAGCGCUUUACCUCAAAGGCCGCACGGCAUCGUUCAUGCCUGGCCAGGAGCGCUUUGCGGAGGAGCACCUCUCCAAGGCGUUGAAGCUCGAUCCCCUCCUGCUGGAUGCCUGGAAUGCCUUGGGGGAGGUCUAUUGGAACUUGCAGGAAAUCUCGCAGGCGGGGCCUCGGCUGCUUUCUUUGCGAGUGGGAUGCGAUUCAAGUUUUGAGAGCUGGGGCGCCUGGAGCAUCCAUGCAUUCUGCGACUUUGUCCGUUCGGUGCAGUGCUGCCGGACGGUGGUGUACACAUCCCGAAGACAUGAGAUCUGA